AUGACUUGGAUCGUACCGAACGCCAACGCCGUGACACUCGGUGAGCUCAAUGGCGAGCUGUACAGUGUGUCUAGACAGGACAGUGGGCGUAUAAGUGAUGAGUUUAUACGACGUGGAGGUUGUGCUCUGAAUCCGGCGCGUGUGACAAGCGCCAAGCCUCGUCCGUUCGAUCAGCACGACUCCUUGACGGACGAGCAGGGCGAGGAGUUGGACUCGGGCGCUUUGAAGCUGAUCAAGCGCGCUUUAAGUGUCACCAAGAGCUUUCUAAUGGAUGAUGAGCUGGACGUGCUCCGUAGAGUGCUGGAUGUUGCCAAGGACGCUGCGCAGAGGUUACUAAAGGCUGCGAUGGGGACGGAAGACGACGAGUUGGAGCUGCUGGAUAAGAGACAGGGGGAGCAAGACAAUGGGGAGAGCAUUGUGGAUAUUAGUUGGCAUCCUGCAAAAAAUGUACUAGCAGUGGCUCAGCUGGAUGGAGUUGUGGCGCUCUAUGAUGUAGAGAGCGCCUCGUGGGACACUCGAGUGCUGGAACAUCCCAAGCAGAUGGAUAUUGGCAGUAUUGAAUGGGGAAAGUUUACGGGUGAUGUACUGGCAGUGGCGUGUAGGACAGGGGUGUUUCUAUGGAAAGUGUCGAUGAAGGAGAAAGAACCUGUACUGCAAGAGAUCCUCACACAUCCGAGCAAUACUGGAUUCACCCAAGCGAGCUGGAAUGAGGAUGGAAGCUUGCUCGCGGCGUUUGCAAAGGGGUCUUGGUCUGUCGUUGUGUUCGAUGCCAUCUUUCCGCGAAAGACAGAGUUGCAGUGCCCCUACAAACUGACGUCGUUGCAUUGGUCGCCGACAGGCGAAUAUUUAUUCGUGACGACGGAGAACGGCGUGUCGUUGAUGUGGGAGACGCUGACGUGGAAAAGAGAGACAUGGGAGGUUGCUGCAUCGGGCUGCGGAUGGUCAAGCAAUGGACGGUGUCUGCUUAUGGCGCCUCGCAAUUGUCCACUCAUGUAUCCGUAUAUCUUCCAAGGCUGCCCUCCGUCAUUAGAUGCACAAAUUAGCUCACCAGCUGUUGACUUUGCUGAGAGGGAGUUGUUUUCUUUAGACCGGAGUACCUCUGCCAUUGUCGGUGGUAAGGUUCAGAAUAUCGCAUGGGAUCCUAGUGGGUCCAGGGUUGCUGUCACGUAUCAGACUACAGCCACUGGCUUCCAUCAAGCUGGAACAGCAACCCUGGUGGCCAUUUUCAGCGUCGUUUGGCAGCCGUUCCUGAUUUUUACUCAGAGCGGCUUGUUGCGUGGACCCCCUAAUGCCGGCGUGCCACGGAAGCUUGCAUUUGCCUCAAACUUUAAGCAUGGUGCCUUGCUGAGCGUUGCUUGGAGCAGUGGUUUGAUCUCGUUUCAUCCAUUUUACUUGCAAGAUCCGAAAGCACCAUAG